UCGUCACUGCUUGCUAGCUGUUGUGCUACAGGGUCAAAAUCUUCCUCUCUUCCUAUGAGCUCCAUCUGCAUUCGUGAUGCACACUGCAGGCGAUGAGGAUCUCUACCUCCAGCAAGCUGUUGUGUUUAUUGAGGACGCCAUACAGUACCGAUCCAUCAACCAUAGAGUGGAUACAAACUCAUUACGUCUGUACAGGUGGUACUACUCCAGGUUAUGGCAAUGGGGGCUGGACCUGACUAUUGCGGUCCUCUUGAUGCUGGCUUUCAUCGAGAGGCCCUCGUCCUUCUCCUACACAUCAGACCCUCGCUUCAGACCUCCCCCCUGGGAGCCCCCCUAUGGCCUGACAGAGGGCAUAGAGAUAGUCUGCCUCGUCAUCUUUGCCAUUGACUUCGCUACCAAGAGCUACUUGAUUGGUUGGGAGGAGUUUCAGAAGCGCAAGUGGUUGAUGGUCUACACCUUGGCCGUCUCAGCGUCUGUAAUUGACUGGGCGUUGAUGUUGUGUAUGUAUUGUGAUCAGAACUUACGAGUUAGGAGACUCAUUCGGCCCUUCUUCCUCCUUCAAAACUCCACCCUGAUGAAGAAAACCCUAAAGUGCAUCAAGAGGACCCUCCCAGAGAUAGCCAGUGUUAUCCUGCUCCUGGCUCUCCACCUCUGCCUCUUCACCAUGAUUGGCAUGCUGCUCUUUGCCAAAGGAGAGAAGCCUAAGCAAAAUGGGGAGUGGGAGGCCUACUUCAGAGACUUGCCCACAUCUCUCUCCUCUCUCUUGGUGCUCCUCACUACAGCCAAUAACCCUGAUGUGAUGAUUCCGGCCUAUUCCUUAAACAGAGGAUACUCCAUCUUCUUCAUUCUCUUCAGUGGUUUUGGAAGCUACUUCUUGAUGAACUUGCUAACUGCCAUUGUUUACAACCAGUUCAGGGGAUACCUGCUGAUGUCUGUCCAGGCAUCCAUCCUAAGGAGGAGACUGGGCGUCAGAGCUGCCUUUGAGGUCAUGUCCUGCCAGGGGCGGGGUCAGGACGCUACACACUCAGAGGAGAAUGUAGAGCGUGUGCGGGUGGAUGCCUCUUUGCAGGUCAUGGCGAGGGUACAAAUGAAGUCCUACUACAGACAAGCCAUCAUCAAGCGAGUGCAGCAGUUGUCAGAUGGCUUUAUCCAGUGGGAAGCCUUCCGGAGGCUUUUUGACGAGCUGGACAAGGACCGCAUCAAACAGCACCCUCCAAAGCCAGAGUACAAUUCCUCACUCCUCCAGAGGCUUCAGUUGGUUUUCAGCCACUACUAUGUUACGGUAGUGGGCAACGCCGUGGCCCUGACCAAUGUCAUGUGCAUCUGUACCAUACUGGUGCUUGACUCCGAGAAGUCCAUUGCAGAGCGGGAUGACUACUACAUUAACUGUUUCUUUAUUCUAUACUACCUGAUGGAGAUGAGUCUUAAGAUAUUAGCGUUUGGGUGGAGAGGCUACUUGUCAUACAGAAACAAUAUAUUUGAUGGACUUCUCACAGUUUGCCUUCUGGUCCUUCAGAUCACCAUUUUUGCCACCUACAGGCUUCCGUUUCCUAAGUGGAACCCAGCGUUGCGUGGUCUGAUGUCUCUGUGGGAGAUGGUGCGUCUGGUCAACAUUCUCAUCCUCGUCCGUUUCCUCCGAAUCAUCCCUAAUAUCAAGCUGAUGGCCCUCAUAGCAAGUACUUUGGUUGACCUGGUGAAAAACCUCAGAGCUUUUGCAGGAAUACUAGUGGUGGUGUUCUAUGUGUUUGCUGUCCUUGGCAUCUGGCUGUUCCAGGGAGCCAUCACAGCUCCAAGGCAGAUGAGUAUGAAGAACAUCACCGUGGAGUGUGGUUCCUACGAGCAGCUGGGCUACUGGCCAAACAACUUUGACGACUUUGCUUCUUCCCUUGUCCUCCUUUACAAUGUCAUGUUGGUGAAUAACUGGCAAGUGUUCAUGGAUGCCUACACCAGAUACACCACAGAGUGGUCCAAGGUCUACUUUGUCUCCUGGUGGCUUACCUCCUCUGUCAUGUGGGUCAACUUGUUUGUGGCUCUCAUCUUGGAGAACUUCAUCCAUAAGUGGGACCGGAGUGUCAUGUAUUCAGUGGCGGACGUUGAGAGAACAGGUUAUGAGACUACCGUCCAGCUCAUGUUCAGAGAACAAAUUCAGGAGCCUACAGAGGAGGAGCUGGUCACCCAACUCCACCAGCACCCUCACCUGCAUCUCAGCUGAUGACCCUUCACCCCUCACACACCAUUGGGACCCUAUGUCCGACCAGGCUUGUACAGUAGCAAUCCAAAAUGAACAGGGCCUUUACUGGCUAUCACGUAUGUCUGUGUGAAUGGCAGGGGCACAAAAGGGACAAUAUUGUUAGGGAUCUCUCAAUUCUGAUUAGUCCUAUGUUGUCACAUGUUGUAUGUUUUUGCACUCAAACCACUAGACAACUGCCUCACUCCCUGCAUCUGUUACUUUAAAAGGGAGUUUGAAAGAUUAAGUUGCUAAAUGUUUUGUUCAUGUUAAGACUGUUAUUAUUAUAAUUUUUUUACCUUAAUUUAACUAGGCAGUCAGUUAAGAACAAAUUCUUAUUUUACAAUGACGGCCCACCCCGGCCAAACCUUCCCCCAACCCGGACGACGCUGGGCCAAUUGUGCGCCGCCCAAUGGGACUCCAGAUCACGGCGGGUUGUGAUACAGCCCGGGAUCAAACCAGGUUCUGUAGUGACGCCUCUAGCACUGAGAUGCAGUGCCGUGCCUUAGACCGCUGCGCCACUCGGGAGCUCCCCUGUUAUUACUUUAGUUUGAUGGCAGUCACUGUAUGCCAUCAAACAAAACAAAAUACACAACUGUUCUUAAUAAAAUUAUUUAAUAGGGAGUAAAAAGGGGAAAGGACUAGUUUUUAUCCAUAUAUUUGUCUUGAAAGCUGUUUCUUUUGCUUACCUGCCUUGCAAUGUAAAUAGGAGUUUGCCUUUAGCUAAAUAACGAAAUACAGGUUUAAUCUCAGUGACUGUUAUAUAAAUUAUGAAAUAUGUGUUUAGCAUGGCUGGAAAUGAUUCUCUCAAAUGUGUAAAACAAAUGUUUGUUGUUGCAUUGGGUCAAUUCUCUCCUGAAUAGCUAUAGCUACAAUUUCAUCUUGAAGUUACACAAUUACCUGACUGUUGCGAUCAUUUGGAAGGUGUCGAGGUUGUGUGUUUUCUGAGACCCUCGGGUCUUCCGGCCGUAACCACCAACUGAUAUCUCCCUCCUCCUCACUCAUCAGGUCAGGCUAGUUAGUGAUAAGCGUAAAUGAAGAUUUCCUGCUGAUGCAUCCUGGUGAUGGUCAUUUCAGAUAAGUGUUAUUAGCGCUCCCCAGGGGCAUGCAAGUCUUGACUGAGGAAUCCUGCUCACACUGCGGAAUGGCAUGGUAUAGAAUGGACUACCUGAAGGGCAGCGGGAGAAACAUGUGCUUUUGAGAAUAAUAAAAAUAGCAUGUUUUCCAACGUCAUAAUUAAAUGCAAUCAGAAAGAUAAUUACGGUGAUAAAGGCAUGGCACCAUUCUAGGCAUUGCCCUCGGGGUUUGUUCUGUGGUUCUAUGCUAAUAGAGUACACAGACACACACACACACACACACACACACACACACACACACUGGUGUUGACACUCCACACCCCACACACUCAAGCAUCAUGUUUACUGGAAACAGACUAGGGCAAGCAAGCCAACCUCCAGAGGAUCUGACAUCAAAGGUCUGACCUCCUCCUCUCUUCCCACUAUUUGUUUGCUUUUCCUCUUGUUGAGUUUGGGCUCGUGCAAAGGCCUUACCACAAACCCUGUCCACAACCACAUAAGAAGGUAGGGACAUGUCUGUUUAAAAGCCCAUUUCAUGACAACAUGACAGGCCAUUGAGAUAUGAUGUCGGCUAGCUAGCCUGUGAAGGGCUAUCUGGAAGCUUCUCUUUGAGUCUUUUCAGAGUAGUGAUUUCUAGAUUCUAGAACGGGGAUGGGCAACUGGCGGCCCCCAUUUUUGAAGGCACGCGGACCAAUUUGAAUCAUUUUUGGGGGGGGAAACUCAGGGUCUCAACUUACUGUUGAGAGUUAGAAUAAUAAAAUACACAAUUUCGAUAUUUGGUUGUGCAUCAGAAGUCACACAAUUAGCCCAUGACAUGUUUUUUCUUACUGGUACGUUCGUCUUGCGGCCAGCUAUCUAAACUUGUAGUAAACAUGGUCGAAUUACCAAACAGCUUGGGGCCCGUUGAUCAUCAGUUAUCAUAUUAAAAACUGCAAACAUUUUCCUCCACUCUAUGGCAAAAUGUGUAUUAAAAAAAAUCUGCCCGAUGGCAAAUUUUGUAGAAUUGCAUGAAAUUAGUUAUAAAACGAAAAAAAAUUCUCUACGCACCACGGCAAGAUGUGCAGAAUGGCAGGAAAUUAACUUUAAAACUUCAAAUGUUCAUCUUCGCUGUCACGAGUUGUCACCGUCAAAGUUGCCCAUCCCUGUUCUGGAAGGUUGAAGCUUCCAUCAAUUUUGCCAACAUGUCAUUUAUGUUCUAUCUAGAGCCCACCACUGCAGUGACGGCAGAGCCAGAGGCAUCCAGGACGAGGCAUGAUUGGCGAUAAUUAGAAGCAUGUGGUUAAUGAGUCCGGCAGACUAAUGAACACCACACACUCCUGUUUAUCCAGCUUGAUGAGGACAGAUUAGGUAAACAUAGCCUGGCUGGCUGGAAUGCCAACACUAGCAGGGAGGGAUAGGCCAAGGUGAUGUGUGGUAGAGCAGAGGUUCCCAAACUCUUUUACUCAGGCCCCCUUUCCAGCAUUGGGGAACAUCCCCUCCCCACUUUAUAUUGGCACAAGCACUGUUCAUGACACAAACUGUUCACACUCCUCUUGUUGGUGGAGAGAAAAUGUGCAUGUUUAAAGCUAAUUUCCAGCAAUUUUCCACAUUUUGUCAUGGUGUGGUGCAGAGAACAUUAAAGUACAUUUCCUGGAAUCCUCCACAUU